GUCAUUCACCCAUUCACUGUUAGGAAUUGGGAACAAGGCAGCCGACACAUCUGGUGCGAGGGAAGCGGCGGCGACGGCGGCGGCGGUCGAAGGCGAUGGUGUCCUAGCGAGCCGGCAGUGGAGCUGCUGCGACGCCAACAGUGGCCGUGACACCGUUCUCCUGCCGUCUCGAAUCAAAGCUAGUCAUUCGCUAUUCCCCAGAUCCACGCGAGUGAGAAGGACACUGGAAUGGCCUGCCGCCGUAGCCCGCGCCUCCAUCCCCAGAUCCACGCGAGCGAGGAUGGCGCCAGAAUGACGGGCCACAUCCGGCGCCGCCGUGGCAAAUCGCUGGCACAGCCUGACUCCCUGCCGGAUGAUGACGAUAUGCUCAGGGAGAUCCUCCUCCGGCUCCUGCCGCAGCCCUCCUCCCUCCUGCGCGCCUCCGCCGUCUGCAAGCGCUGGCGAGGCCUCGUCACCGACCCCCGGUUCUUUAAUCAGUUCUAUGCACACCACCGGAAGCCGCCCCUCCUCGGCGUCUUCUUGCGGAGGAACCAGGGGCGGGGGGUCGUGUUCAACCCCAUCCUGGACCCUCCCGAUUGCAUACCUCCUCGGCGCUUUGACCUUGGACGCUGCAGGAGCCGUGAUGGUUAUGAGUUGCUCGAUUGCCGCCACGGUCUCGUCCUCAUCAAGAGCAGGUCGCGGACAGAGGUCAUUGUGUGGGAUCCCAUCACCAGCGAGCAGCGCCGCCUGGCCAUUACGCCGAAGUUCCAGAUGAGCGUCUUCAACGGGGCAGUGCUCUGCGCUGCCAGUGACCAGGGCCACAUUCAUGGCAGCUGCCACUCGAGCCCAUUCAAGGUGGUGUUGAUGUCCGGGUACAAACAAUUUGAUCAACCCCUUGCCUGUGUUUACUCCUCGGAAACUGGCAUAUGGGGUAAUCUCAUCUUAACAGAGGUUCGUUGUGAGAUUUCUAGAAAACCUGCGAUCCUAGUGGGCAAUAGCCUUUACUGGUUGUGCAAGGGCGGUGACAUACUUGAGUUCGAUUUGGGUGAGCACAGCCUAAGUGUGAUCAGAGGACUUCCCGUUACAAAUGAUAUCCUCUUUAAAAACCGUCAAGUCAUCCGGGCUGAGCAUGGUGCUAUUGGCUACGCCAUAUUGUCAUAUCCUCACUUCCAAAUGUGGCAGAGGGAAGUCAAUGGUCAUGGUGGUGCCACAUGGGUGCCGUGGAAGACAAUUGAAAUGCAUAGUAUUCUUGAACUCCCUCCUCUGACCGAAGAAGUGGUGGCACUACUGCUGGGGUAUGAUGAUGAUUCUGAUGUCAUAUUUUUAAGUGUGAGCGGCAAUACCUACAUGGUUCAACUUAAGUCUAUGCAAUCCACGAAACUUUAUGAAACCAUCGACACCUAUCACCAUCAUCCUUUCAAAAGUUUCUAUACACCAGGUGCAGCCAUGGUGGAUUGAAUGGAGCUGAAAUGUUGCACAUAGGAUGACUAUCUGGUUUGAUGUGCUAAUGUGCUGUAAUAAUUCAACAGGGAUGGCUGCUGCAGUUCUCACCGAGUCCAUCGCAUUGCAUCAAUAUGGUCGGCAGUCUUUACAUGUUAUCUGAAGAAAAAAGCUUUCGUCGCGUAAUCUAGCUUAAUUUCUAGUGUAGCAGGAUGCUUUUCUUUUUAUUGUAGUUGCUCAUUGAGUACCUAAUCCAGGGAAUUUCAGCUUCCCCAAGUAUCAUUUCACGUCAGAUUUCGUUGUAUUAGAGUUCUAGCCCCGAGUACCAUUUGAACUUGUAUUUGUGACUUAAUUUCUAGUGUAGCAAGAUGCUCUUUUUUUAUUUGAAAAGUGUGCUAUCA